AUUUUCUCUCUCGAUCUCCAUAAAGCUUCCAUUUUUAUUACUCUCUCUCUGUUUCCGCUUCUGGGUUUUGUUCCUCUCUGUUAACUGUAGUGACUAGAGUCUCUUUUAGCUCGAGCAAUGGCGGUUUCUUUGAGAGAGUUCGUGUCUUCCUUCUAAAAAAGUUCACUUUUUGCCCUACCUUUCUGUUUCACUUUCAAGCGGGAACAAUUAGUGAAAAAUGCGCUGCAAAUUAACGUUUUAAUCUUGUAAAGUUUCGAUUUUUCAAUCUAAUUUAAAAGUUCGUAGUUACAGUAACUUAACUUAAGAUUAGGACAUUGUUUUGUCUCUCUGUCUGUUGUGGAGAGGGGGAGUAGAUUGGAAGUUAAGUUAGGUUUUUUUUUAGUCAUCUCUUGGUUUGUAAGUUUGGUUUUAGAUAGAGAGAGAUGAAUCGGAGUUUUAGGGCACAAGAGUCACGGUUGCUGGAUUCAGCAGCGAGGCAGAGGCAACAGCUUAGGGCUUCUAUGAUGGCUGAGAAAGAUGAAGAGCUUUCUUUGUUUCUUGAGAUGAGGCGGCGUGAGAAAGAGCAGGAUAGUCUCCUUCUCAACAACCCUGAUGAGUUUGAGACUCCGUUAGGUUCAAAGCCUGGGACUUCACCUGUGUUUAACAUCUCAAGUGGUGCUGCUCCAGCACGGAAGACAAGUCCUCCUGAUGAUUUUCUCAAUUCGGAAGGCGACAAAAAUGACUACGAAUGGCUUCUGACCCCUCCAGGUACUCCUCUCUUUCCUUCGCUGGAGAUGGAAUCACAUAGGACUAUGAUGAGUCAGAAUGGUGAUUCAAAGGGUCGUCCGGCUACAUUGACUUCUAGGCUAGCGAAUUCAUCAUCAGAGACUGCUGCAAGGAACCAUCUAACAUCUAGACAACAAACUUCCUCUCCUGGACUGAGCUCUUCCAAUGGAUCAACUCGGAGACCUACAUCAUCUGGAGGACCUGGAUCAAGACCCUCCACACCCACUGGAAGAUCAUCAUCACUGACAACUAAUUCAAAAUCAUCUAGGCCUUCCACACCAACCUCACGAACCACCUCCAUCUCCUCAACUACUCGGCCUCCUCUGACUAACUCCAGGUCCACUGCAUCUGCAACCACUAAGCCUACGCCUCCUAUGAGUAGGUCAACAAGUUCAUCUAGGCUCACACCUAGUGCAUCUAAACCGACUCCUAGAUCUGCUGGUUCAACAACUAGAUCUACCACUAGCACCGCCACUACCACAAGAUCUGCAGGUCCUUCUAGGUCCACCACACCGCUUUCAAGAUCUACUGCUAGAUCUUCAACACCAACUUCUAGACCUACACUUCCUCCGCCUAAAACCAUAUCCAGGUCAGCUACACCAACUCGCCGUCCAGUCAGCUCUGCAACCACUACAUCAAAGCCAGCAGCAUCUCAAAUCAAGCCUUCUUCUCCAGCGGCAAAGCCUAUGCCAACACCAUCUAAAACCCCUGCUGUUGUAUCACGUGGAGCUUCUCCUACAGUGAGAUCAAGGCCAUGGAAGCCAUCAGACAUGCCUGGUUUCUCACUAGAGACUCCUCCAAAUCUAAGAACAACAUUACCAGAAAGGCCACUCUCGGCGACAAGAGGCAGGCCAGGAGCUCCAAGCCCUCGUUCUAAUUCAGUUGAGCCAGGGGGUCUUGCAGGAGGAAGAGCGAGAAGGCAGUCAUGUUCACCAUCAAGAGGAAGAGCACCGAUGCACACUAGUGGUAGCUCUGUUCCUGCGAUUAACCGUGGAUAUUCCAAAGCCAAUGACAAUGUUAGUCCUGUCUUGAUGGGAGCAAAAAUGGUGGAGAGAGUCAUAAACAUGCGGAAACUGGCUCCACCAAGAUCAGAUGAAAAGGGUUCUCCUCAUGGUAAUUUGUCUGCAAAGUCCUCAUCACCAGAUAGUGCAGGAUUUGGAAGAUCACUCUCCAAGAAAUCCCUUGACAUGGCCAUAAGACAUAUGGAUAUACGGAGGACCAUACCAGGGAAUCUGAGACCACUGAUGACAAACAUUCCAGCAUCAUCAAUGUACAGUGUGAGAUCUGGACAUACUCGUGGCAGGCCGCUGAAUGUAUCAGAUUCUCCACUAGCAACAAGCAGCAACGCAAGCUCAGAGAUCAGUGUCUACAACAACAAUGGCAUCUGCUUAGAAGCUAGCGAAAAGGAAGAUGACGUAGGCAGCGAGAGAGGUUGCAGGUCCCCUGCAAGCUUACAAGGGAGAUAG